AUGGAGAGCAACGAACAACUGUUAACCGAUGAUUCUAUAGAGACAGCUAAAGUAAAGUCUUUAGGAAAAAAGACUGGAAUCCAUAAAACUCCCUGGUAUUUUACCGAAGCAUCUUUUUUUGUUUGGGUCUUCCUUUUCCUAGGCGUUGUGGUACCUCUUUUUUAUCGCCUGCCACCUGCCACUACCCUAGAAGAUGAAUCCAAGGGUAUUUUCAUAGCCCAACGCGCUCAGGACAAUCUUUAUGACUUCGACAAAAUCGGCACAAAGCUGGUAGGCAGCGAAGCGAACGAGAACAAAACCGUUCAGUUCUUGCUGAGUGAGCUGGCAUUGAUUCAGGCAAACGUUCUAGAAGACUUUUUUGAUAUGGAGAUUGACCGACAAAUUGUUUCCGGGUCGUAUGUCAAGGGCGGUGCGCUCUUUCAAUAUCAGGGAGUACAGAAUAUAGUGAUUAAGUUAACGCCCAAGAACUGCACAAGUGAGGAUUACCUCCUGGUCAACACCCACUUUGAUUCCAAGCCCGCGACUCCGUCUGCCGGCGAUGCGGGUCACAUGGUGGUAUGCGUCCUGGAGGUGUUGCGAGUGAUCACGACCACCAGGGAACGGUUUGAAAACCCAAUUAUCUUUCUCCUCAAUGGCGCCGAGGAGAAUUCUCUUCAGGCAUCGCACGGUUUUAUCACCCAGCACAAAUGGGCUCCCAACUGCAAAGUCCUAAUUAAUCUGGAUGCAGCUGGCAGCGGUAGUCGGGAAAUUCUUUUCCAGACAGGUCCGAAUAAUCCCUGGCUUCUCAAUUACUACAAGAACCAUGCCAAACAUCCAUUUGCUACCACAAUGGCUGAGGAAAUUUUUCAGACGGGUCUUAUACCAUCGGACACAGAUUACCGUAUCUUCGUCGCUUAUGGAAAUCUCGUUGGUCUGGAUCUAGGUCAGUGCGUGAAUGGUUAUGUGUAUCACACAAAGUAUGAUCGCUUUGAUAUAAUACCCCGAGCUUCGAUUCAAAACACAGGAGACAACCUUUUAGGCCUGGUUAAGGCCCUCGCAAAUGCCCCUGAAUUGCGUGACACCACAGGGAAAACUGUUUUCUUUGAUGUCUUGGGACUGUUCUUUGUUAGCUACUCGGAGAGCAAUGGUAAAAUUUUGAACUAUUCGGUCCCCGGAGUUGUUAUCAUCCUAGUCUACAUAUCACUGCUGCGCAUGGUGGCAAACUCGAAUGUGACCUUCAAGAAGAUCCUAUGUUGGUUCGCCCUGAUUCUUAUAGUCCAACUUGUUGCCUUUGUAAUGGGAUUAGCUCUGCCUUUAAUAGUUGCAUAUAUGUUUGAUAAAUAUGGACUUACCAUGACCUACUUCAGCACUCCUGCUAUUUCGCUGGGCCUUUAUGUGUGUCCCAGUCUUGUGGGUCUGGCUCUGCCUAGUUUCAUCUAUCUCAGAAUGCAGAAUAAUGAAAAUCUUACGUAUGCGCAGCAACUGCAAAUGACUCUUCAUGGACAUGCCAUUAUCCUGUCGAUUCUCGGUGUAGCUCUCACUUUUUACGGAUUGCGUACAACCUAUAUUAUUACGUGGACACUAGUCUUCUAUUUGAUCCCACUGUUUCUUAACCUAUUGACAUCCCUACACGAUCGCGGUUUUUCUUGGAUUGGUAUCCUUAAAGUAAUCCAAGUGGUUCCAUUCCUGUACAACAGUUACUUAUUCUACACAUUUAUUGUGAUUCUCACUCCCAUGAUGGGUCGUUUUGGACAGAAUACCAAUCCCGACUUGAUUAUUUCCGCCUUGGUGGCUAUGGGUACUAUACUGUCCCUGGGCUUUUUGGUAUUGCUCGUUAAUAAGUCGCACCGAUCGGGAUUCGUUAUUGUAUCUUUAAUGGCCAUAAGCGCCGCUACUAUUUACAUGGCCAGUUCAACUCAUAUUGGCUUUCCAUAUCGUCCUAAGACAAAUGUCGAAAGGGUUUACUAUUUGCACGUGCGUCGGAUCUUUUACGAAUAUGGAGGAAGCGUUAUUAAGGAUGAGUCCGGAUAUCUGUUUAAUUUUCAGGAUCGUCGGGGUAGUGCUCCCCUGUUGGAAGCCAAUGUGAAUUUAACCGGCAUGGUGAGCCUGGAAUCUGACUGUGCGAAGUACAUGCUUUGCGGGAUUCCAAUUCCCGAUGCUCGUUAUAUGAAUAGUCGUCUGAAUGGAAUGUGGUUGCCUCGAAAUACGCCCGUGGAGACGGUUCCAGAGAAGCCCCUUGAGCUCCUCAAUAGAACAGUGCUAGAUGACGGCAAGACCCUGCUGAUCGAGGUCAAGAUCUUUUACACUGAUCACUCAAGUUUGUUUAUCCAGCCGGAAGAGGAUGUAACCAUAACAAAAUGGUCGCUAGAGGAGAGCUACUUGACCUACAGUCCGCCAUAUUAUGUGUACUUCAGCUCCGGUGUGGAUAGUUCGCCGGUGAUCUUAACUCUUGAGCUUCAGAAACCCGGUAGCAACUUCAAUGAGUGCGUCGUCCAAAUAGGAGUCUCCAGACAAUUUAUGAAUUCUACAGGCGAUUCAAUAGCCCAGGACUUUGCCAAAACAUUCCCUGAUUUUGCGGUGCUGAUUGAGUGGCCAGCGGAUUACCACCGCUAUAAAUUGUAA